AUGGAUACUGUCAGCAGCGCUAUUCGGUUUACUUUCGCUGCCACGAUCACGGACUUCGUCCAGCUCUACGAACCAAACGAAAGUGUCGACCCUGGCGUACCUAAUGGACUCGGCGUACCUACCGGAAUCGGCGAUAAAAUUGAACGCGAAGUUUUUUUGGGGGUCGGCGAUAGUAACGGCUCCGGCGUUUCCACCGGUUUCAGCAAUUCGAACAACCGACACGUUCCUACAGGACCCGGCGAUAGAAACGAUCCCGGCGUUACUACGAGACUCAUCUAUAAAAAUGAUUUAGGCGUUCUUACCGAUCUCAGUGAUCGAAAAUACCCCGUCGAUCCUACCGGUCCCGGCGGGACCAACAAUCCCAGCAAAAGCAACGGCUCCGGCAGUGGACACGGUCCGGGCGACCGUGGUGACAAUAAGGACUGCAAUGCCUCUGCAGCUUUAAAAUAG